AUGUGCGACUACGUACGGAAAAUGUACAGUCUUGGAUUUCAAGGCUUCCUGUCCUCUGACCUGAGCGAGGUAGAAACUCAGAAGCACACAGAAUGCUUCCAUGGGGCUUUCUCACAGGAUGGGCUAGAGAUGGGCAUGUUAGCACUAGAAAUGAAGCAAGGAAGGUUUGAGUUAACUGCCCUGGUUUGUACGUACGUCACUUGGGCCCUGGGCAUUAUCUUAGCCAUUAGUCGACAUUGGCGAAUCUGGGAAUUUGAUGCCAAGGAGGUCCAGAUCGUUUUCAUCGGGCUCUGGAAAGUUUAUUACUACCAGAAGGUGAACGGCACCGACUCUCUGAUCGGUGUGACCAUGCACACCGGCGGCAACCAAAGCUGGAUCAUCCCCCCCGAAAUUCAGUAUGGACGAGAUCUCAUCCUCCUAGCCAACUUCAUGAAAUCGGUAGUCCUAAUCUUCAGCACGGAGGCCAUCUUAGUGAGCUGGAUUAAGGCCCCGUAUCCCGAUUUCUUGAGGUCGCACUAUAACAUUUCUGUAUUGUUUCUUCUGCUGAGCAGCUUUUGCACGCUGACUGCGGUGUUCUGGAAUCAUAUUGUCGAUUUUUAUGGCCACACCACCUUCCAAUUUAUGAGCACAUUCCCCGUUCAAAAAGAAGAGCUGUAUCUGAAGCACUUCUCUUAUGUACUCCCCCUGGGGAUCUUCACGGUCACCCUGUCUGUCUCGACCGCAGCCAUGUUCAUCUAUGAGAUUUGCGCCCUGAGAGAGAUGGCCCAGAUAUCUCAGGCGCUGGUUAAAUUCAAGCCCUAA